AGGUGUGUGCGCGCGUGCGAGCAGAGCGCGUCAUCGAGCAGGACAUGUCGUACCAACAGAGAAACGAUCUAUCGACUCAUUUUCUACUCGUCGUAACCGUUUAUUUGUACACGUUUCAAGCGAGUCACUCGGUGACUUUAUCACGACGCGGAGGAGGUCAAGAGCCGCCCGCCGCGGGGGGGGCGAGAGAGCGGGUCAGUCGGGGCCCGAGUCCCGCGGAGCUGCGGCCCGGAGCCGCCGCCCCCCCCGCGGCGGAACCCCGUCCCCGCUGGGCUUGGACCGUCGGUAACAUCAGAGCAGAACCGACGUCUUCGGCCGGCGACUCGGAGGGAAAACAGGCCCGUUUUACAGGGGUCCAGGGGGUCCAGGGGAAGGUUUUGGGCCCAUCCUUUGACUCCAGCUCGCGUGUGUCUGAGUGGCGCGCCAUGAGCCCGGGGGUGCAGUGUGACGAUGGUGUCAUGACCUUCACCGCCUCUGGAAAACAAGUCAAACAGCUGUUCGUGGACAGAGAGGAAGCUUCUCCCAUCUCGCUGUUCCAGUUGCCUCGAAACUGCCAUUACUCCGUGAGGACGUCAUGGAGUGACCUUGAGAUGAUGGUGCCUUAUGAUGCUUGUUCCAUCACACAGGAGAAUGGCAGUUACGUGUUGCCCAUGUUGUGGUGUGGCCUCCCACUGAAGCUCUCCUGUCCAGUGCAGACAUCCACCCCCGAGUCUGCCCUCUCAGUACUGUGCUCUUCCCACGGCAUGGCAGUGCAGAUUAAUAGGGAGGAGCUGGAUGAACAAAUACUAGGGGUCAUAGUGAACGGCCGAUGGGGUCCGUUUGUUUCUGAGGACUGUGCGCACCGCUUCCCCUCUCAUCUGGGAAAGCGUCACUUCUUCAUCCCGUUUGGUGCUCAGUGUAUCACUAAAGGAAAGGGGUCUCGUCUCCAUCUCACGUCAGAUGAUCAGGAAUACAUCCUCUCUUGUCCAGUCAAUCCUCAGUUUCCCUAUGCCGACUUUCCUCCUCUGACCCGGGAAGACACUGUUAAGGUCCCUGACAUCCCCUACUACCCCUAUUCUGGAUUCCAGUACCCCCAGGUUAAUCCUUCUGACCCCCAACCUGCAGUGGCAAGAACUACAUCCUCUCCAGACAUUACCCAAAGUCCACAUACCCCUCCCGAAUUAGCUAUUGGCUCUUCUGGUUCUGCAGCUGGUUGGUAUUACCCCUACGUACCGUUCACACGCCCUACAGCAACACCAGCUGAACCAUCUGCCGCUACUACUGUUCCUCCAGCAACUCCUGAUUACCGUCCAUAUUAUCAUGAGAUGCCUCCCUAUCCGGCAGCACCAGGGACCCCGGCCCCUUCAAGCCAGCCGACCCCCUCGCCCCCAGAACAGCCCUUGGGUCCGCAGAACCCCGGCCCCGAUGCAUUUCCUCCCCAUGCCUCUUACUAUCAUCACUAUCCGGGCCUUGAGGUACAGCCUGCCUCCCCUUCACAUCCUACCAGUGCUCCACCUUUCCCUCCUCCGCCCACGGUUGCGCAACACUACAGUCCCAGCUAUCCAUUUGGCUAUUUCCCCGCCGGAACACCCAUCUGCUCGCCACUGCCGACAUCUCUGGAGCCCGGCAAUGAGAGGGUGGCUCCUCAGGCAAACUGCCGCCCCUAUUCUCACCCGCAUCCCAAUUAUCCUUAUUACCAUCCGCCCUGUCCUCCACCUCACCAGCCUUUGGCCUGGUAUCCAGAGAGUCAGCCCCCACUCCACACCACCACGAUCACCCCUCCAAGUUCUACAGCAUCCGCCACAGCUGGACCCACACCACCGCUACCCCACCUACAGUGUGACGAUGGGAGGAUGGUUGUCUUCCUGCCUUUUGCCCACCCAGACACCAUCCAGGUCAGAGACCAAACGAAGACAUGGCUGUUGGUCCCUGAUGUGUCUGCGGUGUGUGGCUUCGCGCUGCAGGCGGCUCAGGGCUACGGGGUAACCCUUCGCUCUCCUCUACCCGCCUGCUACAGCCAGCUACUGACGCCAUCGACGGUUUCCUUACUGCUGAGGUUUUGGGACCUUUCCGUCGGGCAGUACAGAAGUCUGGAGCUGCGAUGCCCGUAUCGACCGGCCCGUGAAACUCCCGUACCAGCUACCCCCCCACUGCCUCCCACCACCCACCAUGCCGGACCGACUGUUCCGAAGCCUAAAGUCUUGUGCUCCUCCCACCAGAUGACUGUGGAGCUCCCCUCUAGUUCUGUCUCUGGAAUAGUUUUUAAAGACAUCAAAGGGAACCAAAUGGGUCUCCAGGAUGCCCCACAGCACUGUGGGUAUUCUGCGAGGAAAAGCAAGGAGGGCCAAAUCCAUCUUAUUAUCCAGUUACACUCACGCUGCCACAUGAGCGUGCAGGGUCAAAUGUUCAUCAUCGCUGUUGUCUACGUGACGGUGAAUGGGAGACGGGAGGCUCAGUUUUCCUGUCCAGUUGUCACUCCAGGGUCUGGACAAGAGUGCAACCUUCCCAGUGAGCAGCGUCUCCCCUGCGGACCCGGCUCUGUGUCCCAUUCACAGUGCCUCUCCGUGGGCUGCUGCUCCGGCGACGACCCCCCCGCAUGCUACUACCCCAUGGAUGAGUGCACUAUUGACCGCCACUUUGUCUUCUCCGUCCCGGCCUCCCUCACGGAGCCCCCCCUCUCCCCUGAUAUGCUUGUUGUUGCCGGCAACUCCACCUGCAAACCGCAGAAGGUGACACCCGACUAUGCAUUGUUCAAUAUCCCAAUGGACGGCUGCGGGACACGCAGAGUGACAGUGGGGGACGCAGUCAUCUACAUGGUGGAGGUCAUCAACAAGGUUCCGACACUCAGCCUCAACUACGGCACCAUCACAAGGGAUUCUUCUCUCAGGUUGCUGGUGGAGUGCAGGUUUCUGCCAGGCUCCACUCUUGGUGUGAGCUACUUGGUGAAGACUCCCACCCUGGGACCCAACGUUCCGGCCCAGGGGAUGUUUGGCGUCCAGCUACGGAUCGCCAAAGACGCCCAAUACAGCAGCUACUACCCCCAGAAUCACCCGCCCCUGCAGAUGCUGCUGGGGAAACCCCUCUACCUGGAAGUGCGGCUGCUCAAUGCCCCCGACCCCAGUUUGGUGCUGCUGGUGCACUUCUGUGUGGCCUACCCCCUCUCUGGAAAGGCUGUGUGGCUGCUGCUCUACAAUGGGUGUCCCAACCCGUAUGACCCCGCCCUGAAGCAGGCGGUGCUCUCGGACACCCGGCCAUCCACUCCUGCAGCUCAGACCCGCCGCUUCACCAUCAGCACCUUCCAGUUCCUUCCGGAUGGUGAGUUCAGGGACCCGGACGAGGAGAACAACUUCAUGUGCUCAACGGAAAUCUGCUCCCCCCGUGACGGGCCGUGUGUGGAGGGAUGCUUCGGCCAGUGACGUUUACGACGGGGAGCCGGUAGAAGUUGUGCGGGAUCGGCCUCCACACAUCACAAACACUUAAUAAAAUAUCUUCAACUCUGA